ACCUACGCGCUCUCUUCCUGCUUUCAUAUGCUAUGUGCGCUGCUUUUCCGUCUUCGCCUUUAUUCUUCUCAUUUCCUCCUCUCUAAAUCUCCUAGCAGGCGCCUAUUCUCCUCCUUGGCUACUACUAUGGCCGUCUCUCACCCCAAAGGCGAAGCCUAUCUCAAAGCAGUGAUCGAAAAACGCAUCAAGUUCUUCGAAUCCAUUAAGUCACAGCAGCUUACCCACCUUCAAUCCCUCGAGCACGACCUCAUCAAGAUUACUUUGGCAGACGGGAAAGUAAAGGAAGGCAAGAGAUGGUUAUCGUCUCCGAUGGAUAUUGCCAGAGAGAUUUCUAAGAGUUUGGCGGCCAAUGCCUUGAUUGCUCAAGUUGAUGGGACUCUUUGGGACAUGAACAGGCCGUUAGAGAGCGAUUGUGAGCUCAAGAUUUUUACAUUUGACAGUGAUGAAGGGCGCGAUACCUUUUGGCAUUCAAGCGCUCACAUUCUUGGCCAGUCACUGGAGAUGGAGUAUGGUUGCAAGCUUUGUAUUGGACCCUGUACAACAAGAGGGGAGGGAUUCUAUUAUGAUGCAUUCUAUGGUGAAUUGGGCUUGAACGAUGAUCAUUUUAAGCAAAUUGAAACUGGGGCACUGAAAGCUGUUGCGGAAAAGCAACCUUUUGAGCGCAUUGAAUUAUCAAGGGAACAAGCACUUGAGAUGUUUUCAGAAAAUAAUUUCAAGGUUGAAAUCAUCAAUGAUCUUCCUGCAGACAAGACUAUAACUGUAUACAGGUGUGGCCCAUUGGUAGAUUUAUGUCGAGGACCCCAUAUACCUAAUACAUCCUUCGUGAAAGCAUUCGCAUGUUUGAAGGCUUCAUCAGCCUAUUGGAGGGGUAACAAAGAUCGUGAAAGUUUACAAAGAGUUUAUGGGAUAUCCUAUCCUGAUCAAAAACGAUUGAAGGAGUACAUUCAACAGUUGGAAGAAGCAAAGAAGUAUGACCACAGAUUGUUGGGAACAAAACAGGAGCUUUUCUUUUGUCAUCCACUGAGUCCGGGAAGUUGGUUUUUCCUUCCACAUGGAACUCGAAUUUACAAUAAAUUAAUGGAAUUUAUACGUGCUCAAUAUAGAGACAGAGGCUAUGAAGAGGUUAAAUCUCCAAAUAUCUAUAACAUGAAACUUUGGGAGACAUCUGGCCAUGCUGCAAAUUAUAAGGAGAAUAUGUUUUUGCUCGAGAUUGAGAAGCAAGAGUUUGGCCUGAAACCAAUGAAUUGCCCUGGGCAUUGUUUGAUAUUUCAACACAGAGUCCGUUCAUAUAGAGAGCUUCCUCUUCGGCUGGCUGAUUUUGGAGCCUUGCAUCGCAAUGAGGCCAGUGGAGCACUCACUGGGUUAACACGUGUUCGAAGAUUUCAGCAGGAUGAUGCUCAUAUAUUCUGCAUGGAGAAACAGAUAAAAGAUGAAGCGAUGGGUGUCUUAGAAUUCAUUGAUUAUGCCUAUAAGAUAUUUGGAUUCACUUAUGAGCUGAAGCUAUCAACGAGGCCAGAGAAAUAUCUAGGGAACUUGGAAACAUGGGGGAAAGCCGAGGAUGCUCUUAAAGCAGCAUUGGAGGAGUUUGGGAAGCCUUGGCAGAUUAAUGAAGGUGAUGGAGCUUUCUAUGGACCAAAAAUAGAUAUAAGUGUAUCUGAUGCAUUGAAUAGGAAACUUCAGUGUGCCACUUUGCAGCUUGACUUCCAGCUUCCAGAUCGAUUUGAGUUGGAUUACUCAGCAGAGGACGAAGCCAAGAGGGAAAGACCUGUUAUGAUACACCGGGCCAUUCUAGGGUCUGUUGAGCGUAUGUUUGCCAUACUAUUGGAGCAUUACAAGGGGAAAUGGCCUUUCUGGCUUAGUCCUCGUCAAGCGAUUGUCUGCCCUGUGUCUGAGAAAUCCCAACCUUAUGCAGAAGAGGUGCGGGCUCUGAUACAUGAUGCUGGUUAUUAUGUUGAUGUUGAUACAACUGACCGAAAGAUUCAGAAAAAGGUACGAGAAGCUCAGCUGGCACAGUACAACUAUAUAUUGGUGGUAGGUGAAGAGGAAGCCAAAACUGGACAGGUAAGUGUGCGAGUGAGAGACAAGUCAGACCACUCAGUGAUGAGUGCUGAGAGCCUACUGAAACACUUCAAGGAUGAAGCAGCAGCAUUUCAUUAGCGCUGGUAAACAUUGAAGUGAUACUGUUCCUCAAAUAUUAGAAAUUGUCAUUUGAAAUCUUAUUUGGAUGAAUGCUAUGCUAAUGGACAAUGCUUGAUCUCUUUGUAUUGGUCACACCCAUAUCCCUUGUUAUUAGGUAUUUGACACUUACAUUUUGCUUCAUCCUGGCCUUAGUUACCCGUGUAUUUGUACUUAUUCGUUUUUCCCAUAUUUAAAUUUUAAUCAAAAGUCUAAUUGUUAGAAAACAGUUAAUAAAACAGUAAGGUUCUUUUA